CGAUAAGAAACAAAUCGCAACCAUCGGCUGCGCACAACAUAACAGAGCGGAAAAGAUUCGCCAACAAAUACAUUCUUUUGUUGAUAUUUUCUACCAAACAUUGCCGAAAUUUGCUAUUGAAUGGCUUCAGCGACACCUCAGGGAGCAAAGCUGCUCUAUGGGUUGAGGAAAUCGAACAAAUUCGCCAAAGGGCUCGGGGCCAUGCUGCCCCAGGCUUACCGGAAGUUUUGGAACGAAUGGAAAAACCAAACGCCCGCGGCCGUACAUUACGUCCCGAAGGAUGGUAAGUGUGAUGGGGGAGGGGGAAGUGAACCCACACAAAGCAGGCUGCCUCAAACGCGACCACUCAAUCACUUUCUUUCGCCCGUAGGUAUGUUCCAGCGGGAAGACAUUACCGGACUCGUAUCGCCCAUCCAGAACGUGCCACUGCCGCUCAUUGAUCCGCCGGAAGCGCACGACGGCAUCUGGGGCGGUGAGGCGGUGAUCAAGGGCUUCCAGAAGCGCAACCAGUACAAACGGCGCGUGCCACACUUCUGGGUGCCGGUGCUGCGCCGCUCGGUCGUGCACAGCCGGGUGCUGAACGAGUACAUGGCGGUGACGGUGACCGAUAGGACGCUCGCCCAGAUCCACGACCACCAUGGGUUCGAUCACUAUCUGCUGAAAACCCCGGCCUGCGAUCUACGCUCACUGCUCGCCAUCAAGCUGAAGAAGAAAGUGCUGGAAGAGCUGGCCGCUGGCUGCCCGCGGCUGGCGGCGGAACCGUCCAAGCAGCAGGAGUACCUGAAAGAGUUCGCCUGCUACCUGGAGCAGUACACGCCGGAGGAGAUCGAGUGGUACGGGCUGACCUAUACCGAGGCGCUGAUGAAGAUGAAAAGCAUCACCGAAGAGCACGACGCCCAGCUGCCCCAGAAGCUGCUGUUCCGGCAGAAGCUGAUCGAGCAGCUGCGGGAGGCCGGCAUCCGGGAAGCGCAGGAAGGCGAAAGUGGCGGAUCCGAGGUGGAGGAGCUGAAGGGAAUCAAGGAUUCUGCCUCCUCCUCUUGGUUGUCGAAGCUUAGCUUUAAACCGAAAAAUUGGUAGACUGAGGGAGGCGACGCGUCUUUCGUUAGUGUGCGUGUGUGUAAUUUGGGUGAAUUAGAAGUACGCGCGGGAGUCCUGUUUUAAUUCCACUGUCUGUGCCAGUGAAUGAAACAACCAACAAACCACGCCUGUUAAUAAUAGUAACCAAACAAAAACAAAA